AUGCGAAGACAAAUUAUUGCUGUUUAUUUCUUAAUUUAUUCUGUCAGUUUAUCAAAUUCGGAAAUUUGUUCAACAGCAACUUGGUCGAAAGAUGCAAUUACAGUUGCUGGUGGACAUGGUUACGGAAAUAAGCUUGAACAAUUAGAUGAACCAUCGGGGUUGUAUCUUGAUGAGAAUGAUACCAUAUAUGUUGCAGAUCGUGACAAUAAUCGAAUCAUGAUGUGGCAACAGAAUACAACAAUUGGCCAAUGGGUUGCAGGCUUAAAGAACAAUGGAAAUGAUACUCAGCAAGUUCGAUUAUAUAUGCCAGAAGAUAUUGUGGUCGAUAAGAAUGGUACAAUUUAUAUUACUGAUGCAGGAAACUAUCGUGUUGUCCGUUGGAAUUCAGGUGAAGAUGAUGGCGAAGUUCUUGUUGAUCAUAUUCAAGCUGUUGGGGUUGCGCAAGAUAAUCAAGGAUUUAUUUAUAUUUCGGAAUAUGCCAAUGGACAAGUGACAAAGUGGAAUUUUAACAAUGAAGAGUUUGACGGAGAAAUUGUUGCUAAGAAUUUAGGUCACACAAAUCUGAUAUUUAUUGAUCAAGACCGAUCAAUUUACUCGGUAGGACUUUUAGCUAAUCGAAUACUGAAAACUGUUGAAGGAAAUGAUGAACCGAUCGUUAUUGUUGGCCAAUAUAGCCCUUUGGAUAAUCGACUUGAUCAACUUAAUCGUCCGUCAGGUGUGCAUGUUGAUAAACAAGGAUCAAUUUAUGUUGCCGAUAAAGAAAAUCAUCGAAUUAUGCGUUGGUUAAAAGAUGCAACAAAUGGAACAUUGAUUGCUGGCGGAAAUGGUGGGGGUUCGGCAUCUGAUCAAUUGCAUUAUCCUUCAGAUGUAUUUCUUGAUCGAGAAGGAAACUUAUACGUUACAGAUACUUGGAAUGAUCGGGUGCAAAAAUUUCUUAUUGAUCGAAGUUCUUGCCAAACGAAUUAA